GAGAGAGUGUAGGCGCGGCACUUCUUCAUGCCUGUCAGUGUUUGUAACUGUACCAGCGGACAGCCUUGACCUGCUUGAUAAUCGCAUUCUCAGUGAUUUAGGUUUGGCAACGUUACAAGCCAUGGCUUUGUUCUUCAGAGGAGCUGUUACGAGUUCUCCAAUUAAGACCAGGAGCUUGGCAUCUGAACACAUUUGUCACAGUCUUGACAUCUCCCACUUCUCUGACUCUUCCUUUGAGUGUUUCUCUACCAAUCCGCUGACCGGCUCAGUGUGCGCUUGUCGGCGAAGUCCGCGCCUACUAGCAAAUGGUUACUAUGUACUGACAGAGGACAGUUUUAGUACAGACGAGGAGGGUAACAUCACCCUGACUCCCUCACAAACAAGCAUCUCAUACAAAGAGAAUCUCGUCCGAAUAUUCAGACGACGACGCAGGGCAAAAAGGUCAUUGGCCAGUCUUCUGGGUGAUAUGAGCCAAUCAUGCCAGUCCUGGCUGGAAGGAAGUGUUUUUAGAAAGUCUGACCCCAUCACUCCCCUCCAGUCAUCAUCAUGGGAGGUGGAAGAGCUGGACCACAACUAUGAGAAAGAUACACCUAUGAGCUUUACUUACGAUCCCACAGAUUCUGUUUCCUCCCCUGAUAAAGUGGCUCCUCAAACACAGCUAGAAGAGGAGGAGCCUCAGUCUGACACAUGCCCCGCCCACGAACAAUUCAGCCAAUCAGUGAGCGGUCUUCUAGAUGUUCCGCCUCCAUCCAUGUGUCACCUCAACAGUUAUAGUCUAUCCAGCAAGAGAUCGUCAGACACUGUGUUGCUGAGAGUCCUCCUGUUGACCCUCACUCUGUGCCUCUGCAUUGCCAUAUCCUCCAGGUGGCUGCUGGGAGGAGUUUCUGUUGCAGUGGCAUUCUUUGUUCUGCUUUAUUCCCUAUGUGUGUCUAAAUCUGGGAGAGUCAGCUGGAGGAGAGCAAAGACUGAGGAUAUCACGUCUAAAAACGAGUGAAGAAGAGACAUACAGACACAUAUACACCUGUGUGAAGUCUGUCUAAGAACAGUGGAAGAGAGAGAGAGUAUGUGAAUGCACAUCCUGCAUAGGCAUUACAAUUUAAUUGUGGAUCAGUUUAUUGUAUUGGUGUUUUCACUGAUCAGCAGCAGAAUUCUAAAUAUUAAAUAAAGUUCAAAUAGGACCAGUGAUGGAAAAUUACUGUAACAGUAAAGUGUACAUGCUAAGAAAAGCAUGCAUUUUAUUAAAAUGUAUUUUGAACGUAUCAAUGCAGGAUUAUCAUUUAGGAAUGGAUUAGUUAUUUGACUGUUUCCUUAAUGAAAGACUGGAUUGCAUUAUUAUAAAUUCUGUAAGGGUCAGUGAAGGUGCCCUGCAUGGUAGAACAUAAAAUGAAAUGUGCCAGUUGUGUUUGUGAAUAAAUUAGCUUGGCUUGGUUGGGCUCUUUAACAUGGUGACUGGGGCAUCAUGUGCAUAUUACCUUGUUUGUUCAGAUGAUUAAAUAAAUGCCCGUAUCAUAGAAAUGUUUUGCUGCCACAUCCAGGGUGUUUUAAUAGUGUUGCUGAAAUGUUGUUAGACUUGUUGAUAGUUAGCAAAUUAUGUAUCUUGAAAAGUGCCAGUUUUGCUUUGCAGAGAUGCCUCAUAUUUGUCAAGUGCCUUCAUGUACUGAAGUGUUUUGUCGUUGCCAUUAGCCAGGGUUAUACACACACGUUGUGUAAACGCAAUAAUUAGUAUUGCACAGUAAAGUGUUAUUGACACUUACAAAGCUCUUAUUAGAUAGGGACUUUCUCUAUAUAGACAAUUGUUUGCAGGGGAUUAUUGCUGCCAAAGGAACCAUGUAGAUUUACUGUAUAUUAUGUGUAUAAUUCUGCCAAAUUCAUACAAGGCAGCUUCUCUAACAGAAAGAUCCUUAUAAGAAGUUAAGAAGCUUCAGUGUUGCCUGUAAAAUAUUAAAUAUUUAACCAACAAUAAAUAAGAAAAAGAGAAGGGACCAAGUCCUCUGGGUUCUAUUUCAUAGACCUACAGGUCCAAUAAAACUUGAGUCGUCUGGAGGAACUGACAUGAUGAUUAAAAAGAUAAUAAUUUUCUUAUAAAGACUCAGAGAAAUUAUAGGAGAAGGUUUUUAAAGGCAGCUCACUUUUACAGAGAAGAAAGGCAUUCAUGAAGGAAAAAGAGCAAAGCAAAAGUGUUUAAAGUGGAUAUGUUUCAAUUUUAGAGUUUUAAGGUGCUAAAAAUCUGAAAGCGAACAUGUUUCAGAGCCAGCCAAGAUGAAGAAGUCAAUCAUCCAAAUGUAUUUUGCUUGGAGCCAAUAGGUAUCUAUUGUGUUUAUAUUCACUGUAUCAUGCCUUUAAUGUUUAGUGUAAAUCUUUUUGUAGUGCACAUGAGCAAUGAAACAUUCUAGUGCAAUGAAUAUUACUUGAUAAAUUAGUCAAUAUUCAAUGCAAUGUGUGUUCGAUAGAAAAUGUAUAAUCACUAUUAUGACAGUUAUUAUUACAACAAUCAGUUAGAUGAGGGCGAAAAUCAAUUAAUUUAUUAAAAAUAAUAAUAAUAAUAAUAAUAAUAAUUAAUUAAAGACAUAGAAUGUUGGAAAAAUGCCAAAAGUAAAGGUUUGUGCAUUUUUGUGUUAGUUUGUUUAUUUAUUGCAAAUAGUAAUUUGUAGCAUUAAGAAGAGUUUAAAAGCAACAUUGACCACAUAUGAUUAUCAUUUCAUACCAAAGUAUGUACAGUAGUAAAAUUAAACUGAAAGUGCAAGAAAUAUAGUUUGUGUGUAACAGAAGGGUUGUAGUAAACAGUCCUCAUAAUAAUUUGUCCACUGAUCAGUAAUCUGUUCAUGUAAAAUUUAUAAUUAUUGUAUUGCCAUUCAGCUCUAGUGACUGCAGUGAAACUGUAACUCCACAAUCUGUGUCACAAGAUUACUGUAAAUACUAAAACGUUAUAGUUAGUCCAUAUUCCAUUCAUGUGAAAGUGAAAGUUUGAAAUGUAUCUUCUUCUAUAUGCACUGUAAAAUGUAAUCUUAAAAUUAAAUGUAUUUAGCUAAAUAAUUUGCACAGCCACAAUUUGCCUUAAAACGAUAAGAAGCCUUGUUUUUUAAAGAUUGAUAGUUUUAUGGUGUAUUUUGGAAAGAACACUUUUUAUUAAUAAUACAGUUUUGAAUUUCAUCAAUAAAGCUUUUUUAUAUGUAAA